GGCAAGAGCUCUAGAUUGGACAUUGAAGAGGCGUGCUCUCUACCACAUUGGCAUGGUCGCAUGAGAAUGCAUGGCUUUGGAGGUAAACGAGGAUCCCAACGACCGUCAACUGCACGAAAAUUGUCCAAACUAACGCGUCUCUUCAUAGCUCCUCCUUCGAGCUCCGUGGACGAGGCAGAGUCCGAACGAAUAAAGCGUUUUCCAGAUAAACCGAUUCUCCUACGUAGAUUGAACGUGCUGACUGGAAUCCCCGGAACUCAAUAGAGAGCUAAAGAGAACAUUUCUAGCUUCUUGAGUCGUACUUCUGUAUCCCUCACGGCAACAUGGCCCAAAAAAACAUUGUCGCGGAAAAGAUCCGCAAUGUGCGGGUUACCAACGAUCUCGUCCGGGAGUUCAUGGCUGAAUUUCUCGGUACCUUCGUUCUCAUUCUCUUUGGCAAUGCCGUCGUUGCCCAAGUGGUUUUAAGUAAUGAAGAGAAGGGCGAUUUCUUCUCCAUCAACUGGGGAUGGGGCGUGGCCGUGACCUUGGGCGUGCUCGUGUCCGGUGGAGUUUCUGGAGGGCACAUCAACCCCGCAGUUACAUUGGCCUUGGCGGUCAUUGGUAACACACCGUGGAAGAAGGUCCCCUUGUACAUGGCCGCCCAAUACUUGGGAGGCUUUAUCGCCUCUGGCCUCUUGUACGGAAUCUACUAUGAGGCUUUGAACGCCUUUGAGGCUGAGAAUGGAUUGGAUCGAGCCACCCCCGAAACGGCUGGCAUUUUUGCCACCUACCCUUCCCCUUUCCUCAGCCACCACAGUGGAUUGCUAGACCAGGUGGUUAGCACCGGUUUAUUGAUGCUUCUAAUUUGUGCCAUUUGCGACAAGAAGAACAUGGGUGUGUCCAAGGGUAUGGCUCCACUCUACAUUGGAUUCAUCGUGCUCAACAUCGGCAUCUGCUUCGGGCACAAUUGCGGCUACGCCAUUAAUCCAGCUCGAGAUCUUGCCCCCCGCUUGUUCACACUUGUAGCUGGAUGGGGCACUAAACCGUUUACCAUUGAAAACCAUUGGUGGGUCGUCCCGGUCAUUGGAACCCAUCUUGGGGCAGUCUUGGGUGCUCUUAUGUAUUGCUUCUGCAUUGAAAAUCAUUGGAAACAAAGCGCUUAUGAGCUAGAUGUGAUCAAGGUGGUCGAGAAGAUCGAGAAUAAUGAGCUCAAACAAGACAUUGAGGUCACGGAAAAAAUGCUCACCACCGAAGAUGACUAAUGCUUUUUUUUUCAAUUUUGCUGUCUACACAGCAUUUCCUAAUACAGCUUGAACCAAUGGAGAGCCAAUACAAAAAACAAUAGUUGAAAUAAAUGCACUCUUAGGGA